AUGAUGGGUGAGGAAGAGAUGGAUUUGCAAUUGAAAGCAAUGGCCAGCUAUCCAAGAUUACAACAUUUCAAGAAAGGCAUCUCGCGGAUCAGUCAAUGGACAGGAAGUGAACACAAAGAGACAGAGAGGGUUUUUGUGGGCUUACUGGCAGGUGGCUUUGAUGCUCAAUUCCAAAUUCACAUGACAAAGACACUUACCAAAUUGAAUGAAUGCCUCGAGGUCUUCUAUGCAAGCAAGGACGUGUUCAAGGACCUUGAUAUAAGGUCUGACUUCAACAUACCCAAGUUACACACAUUGCUCCACUAUGUCAAGUUGAUCAAACUGUUUGGUGCAGCCAAUGGGUUCAAUGCAGAGCUACCCAAGUGCCCGUAUAUUGACUAUGCCAAGGAGGCCUAUCAAUCAAGGGCCAUCUGGUUGCAACAUCAAGAUGCAAUCAACUUGCAAGGCUUUUUUCUCCUGUGGCAAAUUGCAAAUUCUGCACUCCUUGGCUCUGAAGGUCUCAAGACAGUGGGGGUAGAGUCUGAUAUGACAGAUUCAGAAGUAGAGGAAUUGGGUUUGAACUGCACACCUGUGGGACGGCUCACACCCUCUGCCAUAGACCACUUUGAUGUCUACAAACAAGUAGCAUUUGUGGUGCCGCCAAACUUGCAAACUUCCAAAAUGGGCCAAUGUUUACAAUUGCAUUGCAGCCCCGGGUCAAUAGUUUCACAAACAAGCAGGAAGGGGGCCUCACCCACCUAUUUCAACAUGGCUUUGGUGAUCAAGAAUCGCGAGGAAUUUGAAGGUGGAUUGAGUCUUGCUCUAGUGCAUAUAUGGCUAGUUAGUGUUGAUACUUAUGGGCAUGGACAUAGGAGUUACAUCAGGUUACAAUAUGAACAACGCUUGGAAAUGCUUAUAUGUCCAGACUAUAAUUCUGUUAAGAAGUGGUAA